GGGGACUGGGGUGUUGAAGGGGAUGGGGGAGGGGUGACUCCUCAGUUGGGUCUGAAAACCAUCCCAACUUCCCCGAAGUAAUGCUACCCAUAAGAUGGAUCCAUGCCUCCCUCUGGAGAUCCAGCAAUGAUGGACUGUGAGUUACUUCGGUUCAGUCUUCGAUGUCGGUGCUGUGACAAGACUUUCAGCAACAGAUCUAAUCUGCAGCGGCACCUCGCAUCUCAAGCUAACUAUCGACCUUAUUCUUGCCCAGUUUGCUCAAAGUCCUUUGCUAGAAAGGAUGUUUUAAAGAGACAUGUAUUGAAACAUAAUUUAUCACAGUCACUUCAUGCUGUUUUAACAGAACCACCAGGUGUAGUGUCUCUCAGUCCUCCAUAUUAGUAAAGACAACUUGCCUAUUUUAGCCAAAUGGCUAAAUAUGUAAUGGCACUAAAGACUGUAUUUGUAUUGUCUAGCAUUACCUAGAUGAAAUAUCUACACUAGAUUUUUCAUCUGAAACUUUUGUAGAGGCAGACAAUAAGGAUGAAAUGGAAAGUUAUUCUAGUUCUUUUUUCUAGAAUAUGUGUAGAAUAAAAAAAACAUUAAUUUAUUUGUAUCUAAUGUUAAUGAGUUUAUUUUUUCAUCUUUGUACACGAAUGUGGCCAGAUUGACAUCCCUUUCCUUUUCCUUUCCAUUUCCUUUUUGUGUGAUUUUUAAAUAUAUGAGUAUUAUAUUUUUGGUAUUUUUUACUGCAUAAAUUUCUUUGAAAUGCAAAAAAAAAAUUUAUAAUCAAAUAAAGAAUGAAUGAAAUAAAUCUUAAGAUUUACUAGAUCAUUAGUGCAGUCAGUGAUACAUCAAAUCAAGAAUAAUUUUGUAGUUAUAUGUAGUUCACAACGAAGCAAUAAAAGCCAAUUAUACAAAAACAAUACUUGAUACUUUUAAAGGCUACAGUAAUUCUAUGGAAAAAAUUGUAUUGUAAUUUACUAUAACUGCAACAUAAAAUGUAAAGACCAUUAUAGUGCAGGGUUUCAUUUGUGCCACAGUGUAGGUUUUACCAGGAGUCAGUAUUAAAUUGGUUUUCUAUACAGAAUUUUUGCCUUCUGUAUUAUCACCUGAUGGGAAUAAGUGUAAAAUAUUUAUUAAAUUUUAUUCUUGCAGCAAAACUUAAACAAUAUGGUAAAUCAAGAUCAAAAGAUCAGUGUUGAUUGUUUUGUUGAAAGCUCUCUUAAUAAAUUGUGAUAUUUAUCUCUUCAAACAUGAAAAAUAUGUGAUACUGGAAUUUUUAUAAAUUACUAUCUGGUUGCAAAAAUUCUUCCCAUCUUGGUCAAGUAAAAUUAGGUUAAUAUAAGAUGAUCUGUAUUUGUGCUUCUUCUCCUUGUUCUUCUUGACAGUCUCUUACCCUGCUUAUUGCUCAAUUGUUCUUAAUUUAAUGUUAGGUGUAGUUUUUAUUGACAGACACUCAAGCACAAAGAUGGUAAGGUGAAGUGUAAAUACAUUUGAGCCAUCCAAUUUGAAAUAUUAGCUAUACUGUUAAGGAGACUUCUAAACAUAAGAAACCAAACUUGUUUGGAAAGAAAAUUUAAUAAAAAAUGAUUUUAGU